AAGAGACUUGGUGAUGACAAACACAUCCUCUCACACACGCAGCAGGACGUAGAGCAAGCUCUCUCAGCUCCCACACCAUCUACAAAAGCCUACCUCACGACCGAGGACGAAAGCUCCAUCCCUCCCUCCUUCACCCCCCAACCCCAACCCCCACCUCCACCAUGUCGGACGAAGACCGCCUCACGCCGCAGUACACCGCGGCCCAGAUCGACGAGUUCAACAAGCAGCUCGACGGCAAGACGCCCCAGGAGGUCCUCACCUGGGCCAUUGACAACGUCGAUGGGCUGUACCAGACCACCGCGUUCGGCCUCACUGGCCUCGCUGCCCUCGACAUGAUCUCCAAGAUCUCGCUCGACCGUGACGAGACGCACCUCGUCCCCCUCAUCUUCCUCGACACGCUGCACCACUUCCCCGAGACCAAGGAGCUCGCGACGACCGCCUCGGACACGUACCUCGCCCCGCUGCACACGUACACGCCGCCCAAUGUGGCGACGGCCGAGGAGUUUGCCGCCAAGUACGGCGACAAGCUCUGGGAGACGGACGAGGCGAGCUACGACUACCUCGUCAAGGUUGAGCCGGCUGCGCGCGCAUACAAGGAGCUCGGUGUCCGCGCUGUUAUCACAGGACGGAGGCGGAGCCAGGGCGCCGACCGCGCCGACCUCAAGGUGCUCGAGGUCGACGAGCGCGGCCUGCUCAAGGUCAACCCGCUGAUUACUUGGUCAUUCAAGGAGGUCAAGGACUAUGUUGACAAGGAGGGCGUCCCGUACAACCCUUUGCUCGACCAGGGAUACAAGUCUAUUGGCGAUGUCCACUCUACUGCUUUGCCCGACCCUAAUGCCGCUUCUGACGCCGGAGAGCGCUCUGGACGGUGGCAGGGCAAGGCCAAGUCGGAGUGCGGUCUGCACACCAACUACUUUGAGAUGAAGAAGAAGUUUGAGCAGAAGGCCGAGGCCGCCGCAUGAGGAUCGUGUAUUGUUUGUAGCGAGUAUGGAUGGACCUUUGUGUA